AUGAAGAACCGUGAGCGCAACGGAAGGAUUGUUCAAAGUCCCGCUUACGAGGACAGUGGGGUUGCGAUUUCCGGCGAACUCGGCGAGCCUUCUUUUUCCGGGGAAUGCGAGGGGAUAGCGUCACUUCAAGCGCCUAAGGGAAUUGAAGAAGAUGCGAAUCCUGAUCCUAGGUAUGUCGCGCGUUGUACCAUAAGACAACAUUAUUAUCCUGAAAAUGGUUGGGGCUGGGUCAUCGUCAUAACGGGUGUCAUGGUGCAAAUUCUCGCCACGGGAAUACAUGGGGCCGCCGGGGCUUGGUUACUGCUCGAUGGGGCAAAGCGAUAUCGUCAGACUCUUCUUAACGUAGGAUGGCUGGGGGCAAUGUCGACGGGUGUCGCUCUGCUCGUGUCGCCGGUUACGAUAGCGUUUUGCCGCAGAAAAAGUACGAGAGUAACGGCAGUUUUGGGCGGCCUCGUUACCGCCCUCGGUUGCCUCUUCACUUCUUUUGCCUCGCAAUUCCAUCAAUUGUUCUUCAGCUACGGCACCGUAGUCGGGAUUGGAGUUGGAAUGACGCGAGACUGCAGUACGCUGAUGGUGGCACAGUAUUUCAAGAGGAAGAGAGAAUUGGUCGAAAUUUUUAUUGUCUCAGGGAGCGGCCUUGGUAUAGCAAUCAUGUCUGCUUUUAUAAAAGGAGCAAUCACUAAAAUCGGGUGGCGACUUGGUCUUCAAGCUGUCACGGGGGUGGUCUUUCUCACCUUUAUUCUUGGCACUUUUUACCGUAGCGCUUCGCUAUAUCAUCCCCAACGAAGAGCGAUCUUACACUUGAAGAAUCAAAAGCGCAAGAUAAAGGACAAGAACAAAGCUGAUAAACCACCGUUUUUCGAUUUUAGCACUUUGAAAAGCAAAACAGUGCGGAUUCUUUUGGUAUCUACCGGCAUUUCGGCGUUUGGCAUCAAUACACCAAUAUUUUAUCUGGUAAUGACGAAUGAAUUUAGAAGCGCGCGUGCUCUAUCUACUACUUCUAUUUUUUAUUCAAUAACAAAUUGUGAAGGGAUAGACGCUUUAGGAACGGAUAAGCCAGAGCUCACGUGCAUCUCAGAAGAGGGUAUCGCCGACAUGGAUUUACCCGACAAUUUGCUGGAGGAUUUCGAUUAUAUAGGCGACUGCAUAACUUCGUGCAACAAGGUCGAAAACUAUCUUAUGCUCUCGGAAUUCGAGAACAACCUGAUUGCUGAGAUGCCGAUUAUUAUGGAUCGCCGUGGGCGCAGAUGGUCCCUGGGGCGAUCCAAGACGAAUCAAUCCAAUUGCGGUCAGACCAGUGGCAUGCAAUCGGCAAUUAAUGAGGCAGAAGUCAAACCAAAAUGGCGUUUCAAUAAUGUACCGCCCAACGCUAACACUAGAAUGAUCACCGUAAUUGACGAGGCUAGUGCAUAAUUUCAAGCACGGAUAAUGGAACGUCAUUAACCCUAAACUUGGCACACUGGGAAAGUAAUUGAAUAAGUGAAGAAUAUAAAAAUAUAUACAUGUAAUGGAGCAACAUACAAACUUCGAAACUUUCAGCAUUAUUUUUAAGAUAAUUUUUCUUAAACACAAUAUCAAAUUAAAACAUAACAAUCAAAACAU